AUGUCCCGCCGGGAGAUUGCAGAGUCCGAGAAAGAUGUCGAUGUCAUAGCGUGCGUUGGCCCGGAAGGGGAGCGCGUGGGGAAACUGGUCCUCGUCAAGCAGACGUCUCGAGGCACUCUGCCGGAAUUGAAGCAAGUCGCCAGCAAUGUUCUCAGCAGGGUCGCAACCCGGCUCACAAAUCGAGACAUUGUAGACCCUGGCCCUCCUCCGGACGGUGGGUUGAAAGCAUGGACCCAGGUGGCAAUGGCAUGGAUUGUCUGCUUCUGUACCUGGGGCUACAUCAACUCCUUCGGCGCCUUCCAAAGCUACUAUACCGGGACGUUGGGAGAGUCCCAGUCAACGAUAGCCUGGAUCGGAUCGGUCCAGCUCUGGCUCGUCUUCGUCGCGAGCGCCGUUUCCGGGCGGGCGCUGGAUGCCGGAUUGUUCAUCCCAACGUUGUUCAUUGGAUCCGUGAUUCAAGUCACCGGCAUCUUCAUGACCAGUCUCUGUAAGGUAUUCUGGCAGCUCGUCCUUGCCCAGGGCAUCUGCACGGGACUCGGUAGCGGAAUAUUCUUCUGUCCAGCCCUGGGCUUGGUGACAACCUACUUCAACAAAAACCGGGGCGUGGCCGUCGCCAUCGUCACCACCGGCAAUUCCGCAGGCGGCGCGGUGUAUCCCAUCAUUGUGCGACAACUUCUACCCAAGAUUGGCUUCGCUUGGACCGUGAGGGUAUUGGGCUUUGUGAAUCUGGCAUUGCUCGGAACCGCGCUGGCCUUCAUGCGUCCGAGGCUCCCUCCUCGCAAAGCCGGCCCGAUCGUCGAAUUGAGGGCCUUCUUGGAGGUACCGUAUGUGUGCGUCGUGGUCGGAAUGUCCUUUGUCUUUGGCGGACUGUUCUUCACCUAUUAUUACCUCGCCUCCUACGGCCGCUCCAUCAUCGGCAUGAGCUAUUCCGACUCAUUGACCAUGCUCAUUGUCUUCAACGCGGCCGGGAUCCCAAUGCGUCUGGUGACCGGGUACAUCACGGACCGGUUUCUGGGGCCACUGAAUACGAUGGUCCCUCUACUCCUCAUCCACGCCUUGUUCGGUUUUGUCUGGAUCGCCAUCGAUUCCCAACCGGGCAUGUACGUUUUCUCCAUCUUCUUUGGCUUCUCUGCCGGCGCUUUUCAGUGCCUCUUCCCAACCACGGUUUCGAGUCUGACCACCGAUAUGAGUAAAAAUGGCAUGCGGAUGGGCAUGGCCUUUUCCGUGUUUAGCUUUUCUGGUCUUGCAGGCCCGCCCGUGGCAGGCGUGUUAUUGUCAACAAAUGGUGGUGGAAGAGGCGGUUAUUUGGUCGCGCAGUUGUGUCUGGGCUUCAGCACGGUCGUGGGAGCAAUUCUCCUCGCCUGUGGCCGGGUGUACAAGGCAGGUUGGAAUUUGAAGCAAAAGUGUUAA